AUGCCCGGCCCCAUCGAGAUCGUCGAACCCCCCGUCGUGGUGCGGGACCUCCACGACGACGAAAAGCUGGUCGUCGACGACUUUGAGCGCCACGUGAGCCAUUGCCCACAGUGCGCCUUCGCCCUCGAGUCCGCCAGCGAUGCCCUCUGUGACCGCGGCCAGCCUCGCGCCAUCCUGGUCACCAAGUAUAUCUACAGCGUGGACGGCAAACACUUUUCCGUCGUGGACAAGGAAAAUGGCAAGCCCAUGCGUGUCAAACUCCUGCGCCAGGGCUCUCAUGCUCGCACGUUGAUCGAGAACAUCGCUAAGGGCAUGCGUCUGGCCUCGCCUCGUGGCCGUGCCCCUCCAGUCAUGCCUCCAUCCACUCCUCCACAAUCGUCUCAUCGCCGGUCAACCUCCAUCCGCAGCUCCUACGAUGCCACAUACCCCGUGGGUCCCCGUCGUUCUGGCCCCGUGGUUGAACACCGCGAGCCUCGCUCUCCCCGCUCUCCCCGCUCCAACACUCAAUCCCCUCAGCCCUCGCCCACCCGGAUCAUCGAGCGUUCUCCGUCCAGCAGCAAGCCCCGAGUCGUCGUCUACCCUUCUCCUCACGCCUCGCCCAACCGCAGCUCCAACAGCCGUGGCUCGCUGUACAAUUCAGACCGCCAGGACCGGGUCGAGCGUCAUUACGAAUCAACCAACGUCCGGCGCCGCUCUGACUACUACCGUUGA